AUGUUACUGACAUUGACGUGUGUUACUGUUUAUGAUCAAAUUGGUAUUUACCAGGUGGAGACGGCGACAGACUCCGAAUCGGAGAGCAAAGGGCUUCCUCAGUACCAUUCUGUGGGCACCCAGGUGGAGGAUGACAAAGGGCAUGGCAGGUUCAAGCGCUCCAACAGCGUGACGACGGCCGUACAAGCUGACAUGGAACUAGAGGGCUUCCCCACCAUGGAGGACAAGGGCCUGCAGUUCGGAGGGGGCUUGGGCUUCCGCGGGGGCCACUCGGAGCCUAGCACUCCCACCCAGUACGGGGCUGUCCGCACCGUCCGCACCCAGGGCCUCUUCAGCUACCGGGAGGACUACCAGCGCUCCUCCAGCGGACCGCCCAGCCCGCAGCCCGAGUCGUGGCUGACAGAGCCCUCUCUGGAGGGGGCUGAGACGGGCCGAGUGUCCCCCCUCCGCAGGGACGGCGGCUGGUUCAUGCAGCUCCUCCAUAAUGAAACUAAGAGGAUGGAGGGAUGGUGUAAAGACAUGGAGAGGGAGGCUGAAGAGCAUGACCUGUCGGAGGAGAUCCUAGGGAAAAUCCGAAGUGCCGUGGGCAGCGCACAACUCCUCAUGUCUCAAAAAUUCCAGCAGUUCUACUGGCUGUGUCAGCAGAACCUGGACCCCAGCGCCAUGCCCCGCCCCACCUCUCAGGACCUGGCCGGAUUCUGGGACCUGCUGCAGCUCUCCAUCGACGACGUCACUGCCAAGUUUGACGAGCUGCAGGAAAUCAAGAGCAACGAGUGGAGGCCCGUGGAGAGCCCCGAGAAGAAGACACCAUUACAGGAGAGAAAGUGGCCUCCCCCGCUGCCAAAGAGGCCUCCGAAGGGGCGUGGCGGUGUGAUGCGGGAGCGCUCUCUGGACCUGCAGGACCGCCAGCGUCAGGAGGCACGGCGUCGCCUCAUGGCAGCUAAGCGGGCGGCUUCCUUCAGACAGAACUCAGCCACAGAGCGGGCAGACAGCAUCGAGAUCUACAUCCCCGAGGCCCAGACCCGCCUUUGAGGUCCAAGCAUUUACCCCUCUAGCCUGACCCCAACCCCAGCUCUGCCCCCUUCCGGCCCCCAUAUCCCAGACCCAGCCAGUGGGUGUCACCCUGAAUCCUUCCUCCCUCUUUCUUGUCGUCUGUGUCUCUCACUUUCACUUCUUACUGUUUCUCUCCAUCUAUUGCCCUUCUUCUGAUGUCCUCUCCCCUUUAAGACGGAGGUAAUAUUCACCACCCCUCCACCCCAUUAUAAUGAGCUGCUACUACAACCUCCCCUUUAACCGAACUGAUCCACCAUCACAAUUAUAUUUGGCUAAUUACAAGCAAAAUGAUUAUUUUCUAUACUGUAACAAAUUCUCUUGUUGGAAAUGUAUUCAUCCCCCCCCAAGAGCUUUCGCAUUGCCAUCAUGUAUUAUGAGCCUCUGGGUAAAGUAAGGGUAAUAUCAGUAUUUUCCCACCGUGUUCAAAAGGAAUCACAAAGUGCAACUUUUCUAUGGAGAAUCUCACCAGCAUCAGUGGUCUUGGGCUAAAUCACCCUGUGCGGAGACUACUACUCCCCAGUGGUAGCACAGAGGUGGUGAUGACUCACUGUCAAGAUAGAAGUCUGGAAAUGUCUCCCCCAUGUUUGUGGGUUGUCAGUCAAAGUGGGGGGAAUAUGUAGUGCGAUUGAUCAACACCUGCUAUUGAAAUACCUCAGUCUUGCAGUGGGCACUCUAGGGUAAAAACCAUAGACAUAGAAUUCAAAUCUAUUUCUAUGGGGUCUAUUCUAUUUCUAUGGUAGAGACCAAGGAGUAGUCAUCACAUCUGAUAUGGUCGCACAGCAUCCUGGGUAUAGUAGUUCCGUUGUUAUUCUUGGGACGUACUCACACCACUUUUUACCAGGCUUGCUGCUGCAGCCACUGCCUAACAUUGCUGAGACAUGGGAUGUGAAAAAGACAUGCAGCAGUAACCCAGCUAGCACAUUUAGUUCCUUGGAAGUUGUGGGACAGAAGUUUUUGGUUUCCAAUUGAUUCUGGGAACAAAGCCAUAAGUUUCCUGAUCGGUAAAACUGAAUGUUUUUAAAACGUUCUGGGAAUGUACAUUUUUAGGUUGCACGGAGGUUCUGAGAACCUUUUACUACGGUUCCCUGAAAGUUUUCCUGGGAGGUUUUAUUAACGUUCUGAGAACGGAAAUUAUAGGUUAUUUGAAGGUGAUCGAAUAACGUUCUGAGAACAUUCUCUAAAUGUUGUGAAUGUUUGGAACUAAAUAUUAAGGUUAUUUUGAGGUUUUUGAAUCACUUAAAACGUUCACUGAACGUUUCAAUAAGACUGCUAGCUUAGGUUGACUGUUUUGAACUCCAAGCAGAGAUAGGACACACGGAAAUUAAUCAUGCAAACACAUGUAUUUUUUUUAUUUUGGCACAGCGUCAGUGAGAUUCAAACCUAUGAUGUAAUCUUCUGUUCUCUGUCCAUGGAAUUAGUUCACUGCGACAGCAGGAUGGAGCUACAGUAGCAUGCCAUGUUUUUUAAACUCAUACAAAGAUGUUAAUUUUAGUAUAUUCCAAAGGAAAUACAUUCCAAUUAUUGGGCCCAGCCAACACACCUGAACACACUUACGAAGAAAGAGGAUAGAGAGAGUUUUGUUGACACUGGGAAUAGAUGUAUAAGAUUUUAAAUAACAUUCUUAUAAUGUUCUUUGAACGCUACAAUGGUUUUUCUUGUGGUUCUUAUGUAACACUUUCUUAAUGUUCUUAAAACAAUGGCUUUAAAUAGAACCGUGAGGAAACCUGCAGAAAACUUUACACUAAAGUACUGAAAUUCCCACAGAAUAACGUUGUUUCUUAACGUUCUCAGAACUAUUUCAGAAUAUUCCCAAUGUCAAACCAGUUGACGAACAUUCCUUUAACAUUACACAUUUUUUGGUUAAAUGUAACCAUGUUUGAACUUUUAGGAAACAUUCUGUUAAAGUAAUGAAAUAACAAGAAAAUAAGGUGUUUUUGUCAAGUUCCUUAAAUGUGUUGAUAAAGUUCCAAAGCCAAGCAACUAUCCUGUACCAUUCCCAGAAAGUUGUGGGAAGGUUGAAUGCAAAAUAACCAUGAGACAACCACCCGGUCACCAAACUUAUGGUUCUCAGAACGUAAUGUGCUAGCUGGGACAGUACCUUAGGGCUGCAUUUAUGCAUUUUCAGUUACGAUAACGGCUUUGUCGUAAGGUUGAAACAUGGUUAUGAUAUGGGUUGUACAGUGCAUUUAUUCGUCUGAUCCAUGUUUCCAUUGCAACACUAUUGUAAAACACAUAAAGGGAAAAAAUGUUUCAAAUUUCAUGAAGAAAAAAAAAUAAGUUGACUAUGAUAUAAUGCAUUUUUGCACCUUAUAUAUACUAUUCAUGUUUGUAUUUCCAAGGGAAAUGUAGUAAAUGACACUCACAUGAUAUUGUUGCAGUUGAAUUGCAAGGACAAAAAAAUGGAACAUUUGCUAUUGAAUAUGUCUAUGAUGCUGUUCUAUACACAGCAUCAAUCUGCACCUUGAGUUUUGUGUCCAUCCCCUGAUGUCCAGUACUAUUGUAAUGAUAAUAAUGGUGAUAAAUAAUGUAAUCUAUCACAUAUAUACCCAAUGACCAACAUCACAAACUACAUUGAACUUGAAUUGUAUCAUAGUGGACGCUGUGAAAGAAUGACUGUUGAUGGGGCGGAGAGAGCAGUGCCCCAACAGACAGAUGACUUAUACCUAUUAGAGACCACAUCACACACAUUCUAUCCCAUCCGGCACACAGCAAUCAAGUAUUUUUUUACAGAAGUAGUGUGGGACAGACAGGUGCAAAUGUCACUUUAACACUAUCCAGUUACUAGUAAAUGGUGCUGCUUUUUACCUGAAACGGUUGUUCUUUACCCAGUCCUAUGUGCACGCACACACACACACACACACACACACACACACACACACACACACACACACACACACACACACACACACACACACACACACACACACACACACACACACACACACUCAAGGACUUUUUAAUAACAGAGAUUUACUAAAAUGGUGCCCAUAGCAUCUGCAAUUAAAGAUAGUGGCUAUUGACUUGCGGGAAGAAAGAAAAAAACAUAUUUGCAAAAUGUCUAUUUGCAUUGUUCAUUUUUGCUUAAAGGGUUGUUUAUUGACAAUGUGUACGAUGAGGUAUUUCUACUCCCUAUCUUGCCAUGAGCUAAGAGGGUUGCUGUAAUAGUAGCCAUAGUCAAAGGUCUAGGGAAUUCUAGUGAGAGAGAGAGCAAGGCAUUUACAUUUUUAUGACGUUACUCCGUUGCUUUGGCGGUGCUCGACAACACCACACUUGGGAGCUUAUUGUUUCAAUGAACUGUAUAUUUCCUUCAAAAAAUGAAACUGUACUUAUACUAGAUGACAUGAUAUACUGGCAUUUGCGUUGUACUGCGUGUCAUUGAUAUAGUAUUUCCAUUUACCCAUAUGAACAGUUGAUUGGAUGUUCUUAGUAUAAUUCAUUUAUUCCCAUAUACUUGUUAUGUUCUAGGGUUGUAAGCUUCUAGCACCAGUGGUCGACUAGGAAUUUUCAAUAGAAUGUGAUGCAAAAACAGGGUGAGCUGUUAUAUAUCCACAUAGCCUAGAUUAAGACCAUUUUAAUUACGACCUUUUGGAAGGGCAACACACAGUAAGCAACAGUUCAGUUGGUCAGAUACUACGCCAGACAUUUUGCUAAAAUAGGGUGGGAAGUAGUUGAAUAAACUGGGACUUUCCUCAUUCCUCUAUAGCUUCUGGUAAACCACUCAACGUCUCCAAUUUCAUUUCCUGACAUCGGCCUCUCUCUGCUGUGAACCGCAAUGAAACCGUUACGUACCAGACGGCCUUAAACACAUCGAAAGCAAAAUCAUAUACGAACAGUGCAACAACAACAAAAAGGUCAUAGGAGAUGUGUAGGUGCUGUGUAAAAGCAAACAGUACAGUAUUGUGAUUCUAUGUGGACACAAAGUCCAUGUCUGGUCUAAGUGAGGUAACAGCAGAAAGUGAGAGACAUUGAUAGCUUAAUGAAGAAAAAAAAAAUUUAACAGUCAGGUUCCCAUUAGAUUAGAAAUGAUGUCACUUUCACACCCAUGGUGGUCUCAUCUGAAAGAUUCAUAACCACAGAGUCAACAACUGCUGCUAUAGCGACGUACUCGUAACUAUUCACCACAGUUACCAAUUUGCACACUGAUACAUAACACCAAAUCCAAGAUUAUAUUAAACAUGAUAGAUUGGCCAAGGCAAAUAGUUCAUGGAUCUUCACGCUCUUCUUUCCCCUUUAUCGUUUCCUAGUCUUUAGUUAUUCAUAUUGUGUGAUAUUAUAAUGUAUAGCCCUCUACAUUAGGUGCAUACAUUGAGACAGCAAUUUUUUUGUCUUCGUAGAAAGGAAAUUGCCCUUUCUCCAAUCUCAAACAUACUCUAUUAUCAUGUUUGUCCCAUACCAUAUACUUUCCCAUGAUCUAAGGAGGGUUUGCACGUUUGGCAACUAUGUACGAUGGGGGAAAAAAAUCCUUAGGUGCCUUAAAAUCAGACUUACAAGAAUCUAUGAAUGAAUGUCUUAGUUGGAGGUCUUUGGUUGGAAUACGAUGCCAUGCAGAGUGCUUGGCCAUCUCUGGUUGUGUUGAUUGAGUUGCAAUGUCACCUCAAAGGGCUGUUUGGGAGGAAAGCUAGCUUUGUUUGUUUUUUUUUCAUCCAAAUGCCUUGAUAUUAGUAGUUUGGAUUAGCAUUGGAUCAUUUUGAAUUGUUAUACUGUUGUAUGACUGCAGCACAAGUUGAAGAGGAUGGGAUGAUGUGAAAAUUGAAUUGAUACAUUUUGUGUGAUUUGUUUAAACUAUGCUUUUGGUAAGAUC